AUGGGGAUUAUCAGGGGUAGUGUUCAGGGGGAAACUUCAUUGGGGUCAAAGAAUUUGGGUGAUGAUGUUACUCCAAAAGGUGAUAGAGGAAGUGAGACAGGACUUGGAAAUAAGUCCAAUCCUGGACUAAAGGAGAAUCCACCAGAUGGUAGUGGGGAAGGAGCAGGGAAAAAAGGGUUCUCAGCUCUUAUUAAGGAUAUGGUUUUCCAGAACAAAAUCCAAGUUCUGGUACUGUUGGAAACAAGGAUCAGUGGCAGUAAAGCUGAUAGGGUUGUUAGAAGCCUAGGUUUUGAUAAUUUCUUCAUACGUGAAGCUGUAGGAUUUUCAGGGGGAAUCUGGAUUCUUUGGAAUAAAAGCAUGACUAGUAUUAGUAUCUUGGAGGAAGAUCACCAGUUCGUGCAUUCAAAAAUAACCUGGUUAAAUUCGGGAAUUGAAGAAUAUUUUACUUUCAUUUAUGGAAGUCCUAGAAGACCUAAGAGGAGAGUCCUUUGGGAAGGUUUGAGGAAUAUAGCAGCUACUGUUGAAGGGAAGUGGGCGGCUAUGGGAGAUUUUAAUGCCUAUAUGCAAGAGGGGGAGAAACAAGGUGGUGCUAUUGUUAAUAGGGAGAGUGUCCAAGACUUUGUUACUUUCCUGAGUGAAUGUGGCCUAUCUGAUCCUGGGUUCUCUGGACCGAAGUUUACUUGGAAGAGAGGAGCCUUCCAGGAAAGAUUAGACAGGUUGGUGGGGAAUGAAGAGUGGUUUCAGGGGUUCCCUAAUAGGUCUAUCUUCCACCUACAUUUCCAUGGGUCGGAUCAUAGGCCUAUUGUCCUAAGAAAUGAGAGUAAGAAGGGGGAUCUUAGAGGCAUAAAACCUUUUAGAUUUCUAGCUGCUUGGGUGAUAAAUGACAGCUUUGGUGAAGAGGUGGAUAAUUGCUGGGAAAAUGAGACUAGUUGGAUUCGGGCCAAAGAUAAAUUCCAGAGGGAUGCAUCUGCUUGGCACCAUAAUAUUUUCAAGAUAGAGAAGAAAAGAAAGUUCAAACUUCAAAGAAGAAUUAAGGGGGUGGACUCUCAACUCAGUAGGGGCCUUGAUGAGGCUUUGGAAAGGCUUCAUAAGGAUCUUUGGUUUGAAUUGAAUACCAUAUAUAUCCAUGAAGAACUUUCAUGGUUCCAGAGGUCAAGGAGUAAUUGGUUGGCCUUUGGUGACAGGAACUCCAAGUUAUUUCAUGCGGCUACAGUGGCUCGAACCAGGAAGAAUAAGAUUGGAGAUCUGAAAAAAAAAUGA